AUGACUACCACCGAAACAAAUGUACCCCGCGACCCCACCGCCGACGAAGCCCUCGCACUCUUCAAAGCGAUUGAAGAAAAAUUUCCAGCCAAGACACUUGGGGAGGAUAAGUGGUAUAUUCUCGCUCUCGCAACCAUAGUCAGCGGCAGCCAACCCAACUUCGCCCCUUUACUCUACAAACACCUUAUUGCACGGCCGCAGUACCAAAGUGCAGAGGAGCGACGCAAGUUACUGCGGCGCAUGCGCGAGGUACUGUUUAAACUCGUGAUUAUCGUUGGUGUGUGUAAGCCGCUUGAAGCGGUGUUUGAUAUUGAUGCUGUGGUGGAGAGGGAGGAGGAUAGGGAUUUGACGAGUACACGGUAUGAUAUACUAUCCCCCUUUUCUUUAGAAGGAUGGCAAUGCGACGAAGCGAAUUUGCAGCGCGGCGAAGCGUGGUUGGGACGGUUGUACCAGAAUAACCUCCAGGGCAAGAUUAAUAAUGCUUUUGAUGCUAAUAAGGAUUUUGGUUGGCUUACAAAAAACAUCACCUACGGCCUUUUUCUGUCUGAUCACAGUGUGCUCAACGAUAUCGAGACGGAAAUCACAGUCCUGACGGGUAUCGUCAUGCAGAAUCUCACUCGUGAAUCGGCGUGGCACCUACGGGGUUUGCGGAGGAUUGGGGUGACGAAGGAGGAUGUCGAGGUUAUCCGGGAGUGUUGCGAGCUUACAGCGAGGUUUUGUGGGGUUAGUUUGCACAAGGUGCCUAGGGUGGAGGAUAUUGAGCACGAGGUGUAG